AUCCAACCAGUACCUGGUCAAUAUCUCGUUGGUAGGGAGGUAUACGCUUUCAUCGCCUUUCAACGCAUUCCUGGGCCACUGGCGAAGGAUCAUGACGUUAUGUACCACAUAGAAAAUCUAAAUGGUUCCAAUUUUAUCUAUCUACCAGUCGGCAAACUCCAUAAUAAGACUGGCCUUUACUACGUCGGAAUUGGAAUGGUAGAUAAAAACGGAAAGAAGUGCGUCAAGUACGAGCCACCUCCCGGAAUCAGCGAUGGCAACUGGUGUUUCAUUCGAGACUUCGAGUUCAAUUUCAAUGUUCGAGUACUUACUAAAGGCUGCUACUUCUAUCGGAACAGCACUGAUCGAAUAGAUAACGUCCAUGACGUCGCCGCACCAUUUUAUGGCAGUAAAAUCGUGCAGUGUUCGAUUCAUCAUCUCACCACAUUCUUCGUCGGUCUCUUUAAUCCUGUGGCAGAGGGUCACUUUUCCUAUGAAUACGUCGUCCAGCACAAGCUGCCAAAUGUCACUGCUGCCAUGAUUGUGUUUUUCCUCAGCAUACACAUGGUAUUGGUGGUCAUUUGUGGCUUGAAUCAACAAGUUAUGGAUUUGGAUCGGGGCCUCUUAUACAACAUGGCCGAUAAUAACCCAGGAGACUUAGUAUACUACUAUAUUGUCAUGGUUGAGACCGGGUAUCGUAUGUGCGCCAGUACUGAUUCAAAGGUAUUCAUCACAAUUUACGGAACUGAUGCAGACGAAGUUUCACGUGAGCUCAAAACUAUACACAUAGAGAGGAACUCCUCGAUUUUCUCAUGGGGCACGUCUGCUCGUUUCUCUUCUGAGAACACCAUGGUGCCUCGCGGAGAUCUUCGUUUUGUGAGGCUCUGGGUAGACAAUUCUGGGUCGUAG